AGCCCGCCAUGGCCCUGAAGGCCGAGGGCGCCGCGCCGCUCGACUGCUUCGAGGUGACGCUCAAGUGCGAGGACGACGACGACGACGACGACGACGAGGCCGUGGUGGUGGCCGUGGUCCCGCGGCCCGGGCCGGCGCGCAGCGUGGCCCUACAGGACAAGGCUCCGACGCCCAGGCCUGGCCCUCUGGAGGCAGCCAACAGCUAUGAGGAGCCCAAAGAGCAGAUGUCCUGGGAGCAGGAGUUCUUGGUGGGCAACAGUCCAGGAGGCAGCGGGCGGGCCCUGUGCAUGGUCUGUGGGGCUGUGAUCCGGGCCCCGUCCGCAGACACAGCACGGGCGCACAUCAUAGAGGAGCACCCUCACACUCUGGACUUGAGCCUGGCCGAGAAGAGCAACAUCCUGGAGGCCUGGAGUGAGGGGGUGGCCCUCCUGCAAGAUGCUGGAGCUGAGCAGCUGCAACCGACUUCUCCUCCAGACCUCAGCCCAGCCAGCAGCCCAGACUCCGGGCCCAGCCCUACCAAAAUGCCAGCCGAGAUCGUGGUUCUCCUGGAUUCAGAGGACAAUCCAACCCUGCCCAGACGGGUCCGGCCCAGGGGCCUCCGCCCUCUGGAGCUUCUGGCGCCCCCUGCCCCGGAGCCUGGAGCCAAGAAGCCCCGGGGGCAGAGAUGGAAGGAGUCCUCCGAGGAGGAGCCAGUUCGGAAAAAACGAAGCCAAACCACAAGCAAAAUGCUGGACCUGAGCCCUGACUCAGACCUGUCCUCGCCAGACUCCUCCGAAGAGUCAUUCGUGGCACCCAUCGAGAUCCGUCACUUCACUGAAGGCACCUUCCCCCAGAACUUUGCGCUCCGACUCUUCUCCCACUCACACAUCUGGGCAGCCCACAACAGGGAGCAGCCCAAAGAGCAGGGUGUGCCUACACCAACAGGAGGCCCUGUACCAGAACUGCUGCUCAAAGACAAGUCAAGGCCAAGAAGAAGUGAGGCAGACACAGCUGAUCCCCAGAGAAGGUGUGUGCAUGUGGAAGAAGGGGGCCAUGAUGCUGGGAUUCAGCAGGGCCAGUCAGAAGAGAAGAGGGGAGACCCUCUGCCAGCCCUUCGCGGGACACUAGAUCUGCAACUUAUCCGCGUGUGCCUGGAGAACCCCCCAGCCACCCACCUUCUGCCCGACUGGCCCAAACACCGGGCGAGUGCCAAGGCUGUGGGACCAGGUGACCCUGCCAACUGGCCUGUGAUGCUGCCAGAGUCCAGCGCCUCUGCAGAGGGGCCACCGUAGGCGGGCAGAGGGAUGUAGGCAGCUGCCUGGCAGGAGGGAGGAGGGCGGGCGGUGCCCCCUUGGGCUUUUAACUCAGAGCUGCCUGGUUGGCAGAUUGGGACCAGGCACCUGGGCAGAGCAGGCUGGAGGAGAGAACCCAGGUUCCAGGUGGGUGGGGGCUGGAGCUGGCACCGGUAGGGCAUUGGGCCUCUGGAGACCCCUGUACCCUUAUCUUUUUGCCAACCCCCCUCUGUUCCCCUUAACCUCCUCUCUCUCUUGGCCCCCCCUUCUCCCUUGGCACAGUGCCUUACACAAGAGGUGUCAGAGGGUUGGAACUGAGCCCCACUACCUCGGGGGACACCUCUCUGCCCCCCUUUGUUAGGCUCCGCCCUGAGGCCUCCAUUACCUCUUCCUGCCCCUUCCCUGCUGGAGGCUGCAGCCCCCCUCUGGGGGGCUCAUUCAUCCCACCCCUUCCCCAAUUAUCUGUUGUACAUAUGUCAUUGUGGACAAUAAAUUAUUUUUUUUAUGGA